GGACAGCGGCAUGAGGCAGCAGCUGCGUUCAGACUUCUCCUGCCACUUCCUCCUUCUUCCUCCCCACAAAUACUAAACAAAGCAGCCCACAAUCGAGCGAGAGAUUGAGAGAGCUGCGGCCGCAAGAAACAGCGAGGCAGCAGCGCGGCGAGCCCUUGACCCUUCCUCGCAGAUCCAGCGGCGGCGGGUGCUCCCAGCGGGCGCGCCGAUGAUGCACGGCCCCGCGGGAGGGAGCGGCGGCGGCGGCGGGCACGGGCUGGGCGGCACGAGGGUGCCCACGUGGAGGGAGCGGGAGAACAACCGGCGGAGGGAGCGGCGGCGCCGGGCGAUCGCCGCCAAGAUCUACACCGGCCUCAGGGCCUACGGCAACUACAACCUCCCCAAGCACUGCGACAACAAUGAGGUCCUCAAGGCGCUCUGCAACGAGGCCGGCUGGGUCGUCGAGCCCGACGGCACCACCUACCGCAGGGGAUGCAAACCUCCUCCACAGGCGCGUCCUGAUCCAAUGAGGUCUGCUUCGGCAAGCCCCUGCUCUUCAUACCAGCCGAGUCCACGGGCCUCGUACAACCCGAGCCCUGCGUCCUCCUCCUUCCCGAGCUCCGGAUCCUCUUCCCACAUCACUCUCGGUGGCGGGAACAACUUCAUUGGUGGCGUCGAGGGAAGCUCCCUCAUCCCGUGGCUGAAGAACCUCUCGUCGAACCCGUCAUUCGCCUCCUCCUCCAAGCUCCCACAGCUCCACCACCUCUACUUCAACGGAGGCUCCAUCAGCGCCCCGGUGACGCCCCCGUCCAGCUCCCCGACGCACACGCCUCGCAUGAAGACCGACUGGGAGAGCCAGUGCGUUCUGCCGCCAUGGGCCGGGGCGAACUACACCUCCCUGCCCAACUCCACGCCGCCGAGCCCCGGCCACCACGUCGCGCCAGACCCGGCGUGGCUGGCCGGGUUCCAGAUAUCGUCCGCCGGGCCCUCGUCGCCGACGUACAACCUUGUCUCGCACAACCCCUUUGGGAUCGCGCUUGCGAGCUCGUCGAGGGCGUGCACCCCUGGGCAGAGCGGGACCUGCUCCCCGGUGAUGGGCGACCACGCGCCGGCUCACCACGACGUCCAGAUGGAGAUGGCCGACGGGGCGCCGGAUGACUUCGCGUUCGGCAGCAACAGCAACGGCAACAAUGGGUCGCCUGGGCUGGUGAAGGCGUGGGAAGGGGAGCGGAUACACGAGGAAUGCGCGUCGGACGAGCUGGAGCUCACCCUCGGGAGCUCGAGGACCCGUGGAGAGCAGCCCUUCUGAUCAUGGCAUCGUGCUGCUGCUGCAGUGUCCGUCUCUUCUUCGCCUGGGCUUAUCCUUCAUCAUACUUACUUUGGGCUGCGUUCUGAUGUUCUACAAGCCCUGCGUUCUGAUGUUCUACAAGUCGGGUGUUCGUCGAAAGAGAGAAGGGAGUUGAGGGAUCGUUUCGACGGUCCUCUGCAGAUGAUAUCCAUCCUCUUUCGGGGGUCUGGUCUGGACUUAUUUUAGCUACAUUAUGCAACUUUGUUAGCUUAUUUCUUCUUUUUUUUCUUACUUAAGCAAAAAAAAAAAAAUGAAAGAUGGAAAAACGGCAAGGAAUGCUGGCAGGACACCCUGGGCAUGUUGAAGAAAUGGAAUGGCGGAGGCCAUUUGUCAUCAGUAGGCAAAGCAGUAGAUGCAAGUCUUGUGGCAUUUGCAAUGAAAACCAAGCUUCAGUUGUCCUUGAUAUGACUGUUGUCGCCGCACUCUGUCAGAAGUGUGUAGUACUGCUACUACAUUGUAUGUGGUGGACCAUUCUCUUCAUUCAUUGAUUCUUUGUGUC